CCCACUACAGCUGUUCCUUACAUGUCAGUGAAGUGCAUUGAUGUCAGGAAAAACCACCACAAAACCAAGUGGCUGAUGCCUUGGGGACCCAACCACUGCGAGAAGCUCAAAGACUUUGACGAGGCGGUGAGCAGGCAGAUCGAAGCCAACGAUAUCGUCUUUGCCGUCCACGUUCCCCUGCCCAGCAAGGAGAUGAGCCCCUGGUUCCAGUUCAUGCUGUUCAUCAUGCAGCUGGACAUCGCGUUCAAGAUGGACAACGACCUCAAAGAAAAUGCAGAGAUUACCCUGGACGUGUCGUUAGCGUAUCGCGACAACAUGUUUGACGAUUGGGAGGAGAUAGCACACGCAAUAGAGAUCAGGAGGCUGAAAUGCACCUUUGGCUCACCAAAAACUCUGGAGUCUGAGGGCCGUCACUACGACUGUGACUUCCUUCCCUUCAUGGAGAUUGGCAGCGUGGCCCACAAGUACUACCUCAUCAACAUCCGCCUCCCUGUGAACGAGAGGAAGGGCAUCAACGUGGGCAUUGGGGAAAUCAAGGAUAUCCGCCUCGUGGGCAUCCAUCAAAACGGAGGCUUUACAAAAGUGUGGUUUGCCAUGAAGACCUUCCUCACCCCCAGCAUUUUAAUUAUCAUGAUCUGGUACUGGAGACGGAUCACGCUGAUGACGCGCGCUCCUGUCCUGCUGGAGAAGGUCAUCUUUGCUCUGGGAAUUUCCAUGACGUUCAUUAACAUCCCCGUUGAGUGGUUUUCCAUCGGAUUUGACUGGACUUGGAUGUUGCUCUUUGGAGACAUUCGACAAGGCAUUUUCUAUGCCAUGCUCUUGUCCUUCUGGAUCAUCUUCUGUGGGGAGCACAUGAUGGACCAGAAUGAGCGGAAUCGUCUCUCAGGGUACUGGAAGCAAGUUGGACCCAUAGCUGUUGGUUCCUUCUGCCUCUUCAUCUUUGACAUGUGCGAGAGGUAG